GCUGGAGUGACAGAUAAGUGACAGAUUUCCGCGUAUUAUUAUUCGCUACUUGUUAGUUAAAGCCAUACACAUAUAUAUGUUUAUGGUUGAAGCGUUGUUUGCUUAUAGUAAUUUGAAUAUUGAACAUUAUACAAUUGUAUCCUACAAGAAUAUAUCGAAAUGGAGCCACAGGAUAUUUAUUAUAACAAAGCCGAAUACGUUGAAACGGCGUCAGGAAAUAAGGUGAGCAGAUUGACUGUACUGUGUGGCUCGCAGAACAUUGUAUUGCACGGAAAAGUGAUAGUACAAUCCGACGCUAUCAUCAGGGGUGAUCUGGCCAAUGUCAGGACUGGUCGCUAUUGCAUAAUUAGCAAGAAUGCAGUCAUCCGGCCGCCUUUCAAGAAAUUCAGCAGAGGGGUUGCCUUUUUUCCUCUAACAAUGGGAAAUCACGUAUUUGUGGGAGAGCGGGCCGUCGUAAAUGCAGCACUAGUCGGUUCUUAUGUUUACAUAGGAAAGAACGCCAUAAUCGGCAGACGAUCGGUCCUAAAGGACUGUUGUUACAUCGAGGACGGUGCGGUCGUUCCACCUGAGACUAUCGUGCCGUCCUUCACUCGUUACGCUGGCAGUCCGGCGACUUGUGUCGAAGAACUGCCCGAAUGCACGCUGGAUCUUAUGAUAGACUUCACGAAGAACUAUUACGAGCACUUCUUACCAGCGCGGGUUUAACACUUAUCCAGCGAUACACGUAGCCUAUGGUACAGGUCAUAGGCUAUUUUGACCCAAAAGGAGUUCCUUCUUUUCAGUCGAGUGUUAUAUUAGGAGAAUGAUUUGUCACUCGUAGUGAGUGAGAUAAAGAGGAUAGAAAAAACUCAAAGCUGUAAGAAAAUACAGCUGAAAAGAAUGACUUUAAGAUUGGCUACAUAAAUUUUUGUAAAAUUAUAUUUUUUACUUUGAUUAAAUAAGGAAUUUUAUUCGACAUUUUUAUAAUACGACUUAAUAUAGAAUAACUUUUAAAUUAUCGCAAUCUUAAAAUUGCUAUCUUGGCCGAUUUUAACUGUCAUUCUAUUUAUCUGUGACACUUUGUAGGCAUUUAUUCCGAGAUUAAAUGACACGCAGUGUCAUUAACGAAAGAAGCUAUUUAUUACAUUUUGUAUACAUUUAUUCUAUAAAUAAUUUCAUGGUGUGUU